CCCAUUUCCUGUAAACCAAGAAACAACACCGACAGAGUACCGACUGUUUGAGAAAUUAGGUGAAAGGUGUAACAUGAGGACGUCUCUCUGCAACCUCUUGCCGCUGAAUCUCGGGUUUUGCUUCUUCUGGCUACAGAGAGAAGGACACACAAUGUUAACUCUAGUUGUGUUCUUGCUUUGUGCAGCCUCCUCUGUCACAGCUUCAGCCAAAGGUGGUGCUGCUGGACCCCGGCUGAACAACGACCAGCUGUACAAAUUCAGCUACAGCACUGAGGUGCUGGUGGACAGGGUGAGGGGGUCAAAAGAGGGCACUGCUGGCUACAGGAUCUCAAGCGAUGUGGACGUAAACCUCGUGUGGAGAGAUCCCAGCAACAAAGACGACCAACUGAUUCAACUGGCGAUCUCAAAUGUGAGGAUUGAACCUGCGUCCCAACGAUCAAAGAAGAAGAACGUCCUGCAUGGAUCCACUGCAGAAAGCCUUUUGGGGAAGACCAAACUGGCAGCUCUGACUAAACCUUUCUUUUUGCAUCUGAAAAAUGGAAAGGCAAAGGCCUUUUAUUCCUUCUGGGCCGAACCUGCAACCAUCAAGAACCUAAAAAGAGGACUGGCCAGCUUAUUGCAAAUGCAGCGCACCACUGGGAAGGUUAUAGAGAAUGACGUGUCUGGAAGGUGCACGGUGGAGUACAAGGCAGUUAAACGUCAAGUGACGAGAACCAAGGUCCUGGACACGUGUAAGACUGCGGAGACGGGAUUCACCACUCACAGUCAGGUGUUGGGUAUAGGCAGAAAGUCCAGUUCUGUUACAACGUUCACUCUUGAAGAUGGUUUCAUCCACUCUGCCGUGGCUGAAGAAACACACUCACUGGCUAUUAACUCCCACAGAUCUGCUGCAGCUAAAGUCGUUUCCAGGCAAACCCUCACUCUUGUGGGGACGGAGGCUGGACCCCUGGAGGCUGCUGGGACAGAUGUGGCCGAGGUUGUCAAGUCAAUCGAUGCCAAGCUGGCAGCUGUUGGUAUUAUUGCGGAUAAAAUCAAAUCCAAAUGCAAGGGCUGUCCAACACUUUUUGAGCAUUGGCAGAGUGAACAGAAGCAGCUGGAGCCGGCGAGCCUGUCCAAAGCCACGGCUCCACGCAGCUUCCUGGCCCUCCUCCAGAGCAUUAGGAAGGCGUCCAAGGACGAGAUCCUCAAAGUGCUGCAGAGUGCCAGCAAGACAUCUCUACCUCAGGUGGUGGACGCUGUGACCUCGGCUCAGACUACUGCGUCUCUGGAUGCCAUGAUUCAGUUCCUUAACUUCACCGAUGCCAAAGGUCUGGUCCUGCAGGAGAGGUUUCUCUACGCAUGCGGCUUCGCUUCUCAUCCCAACGAGAGAAUGCUCCAGGUUCUGCUGGACAUUUCAAAGGGAAAGAUCGGCAGCGCAGACAUCAAAGAGUCCACUGUGAUCAUUAUGGGAGCCCUCGUCCAUAAACUGUGUCAGAAAGGAGGCUGCAACUUACCGGCAGUGGUGGAGGUGAAGAAACUGAUUUUAGACGGUCCCGACAGCACAACGGUAGAGUCCGAGGUCCAGAUGUAUCUUCUUGCUCUGAAGAACUCUUUACUUCCAGAGGCCAUUCCCAUCUUCACCAAAUAUGCCGAGUCAGAGGUGGGAGCUUACUGCACCAUCGCUCUCACCGCCCUGCAGAGAUACGACUUCACUCUCAUGACUAAUGAGGUGAAGCACACAGUAAACAGGGUUUACCACCAGAAUCAUCGCGUCUAUGAGAAAAAUGUAAGAGCCGCCGCUGCUGACGUCAUCCUGAGUAGCAACCCCUCCUACAUGGAAGUCAAAAAUCUGCUUCUGUCCAUCGGAAACCUUCCUCAUGAAAUGAACAAGUACAUGCUGUCCAAGAUCCAGGACAUCCUUCGCUUCCAGCUGCCAGCCAGCAAUGUAGUACGACAUGCUAUGAAGGAUGCAAUUUCUCAUAACUACGACCGGUUUGCAAAGGUUGGGUCAUCGUCUGCAUAUUCAGGAUUCAUGGCAAAAUCUGCUGAUGUGACCUCCACGUACAGUUUGGACAUCCUGUAUUCAGGCUCUGGGAUCCUGAGGAGAAGCAACAUGAAUAUUUACGGUGCUAGUAAUGGAGCUCUUCUCCAUGGACUACAGGUGGCAAUUGAGGCCCAGGGUCUGGAGUCAAUGAUUGGUGCCACAGCCGAUGAGGGAGAGGGAGAUCUGGAGUCGUUUGCUGGGAUGUCAGCUUUGCUCUUCGAUGUCCAACUGCGACCCGUCACCUUCUUCAAGGGUUACAGUGACCUCAUGUCAAAAAUGUUCUCCAUGUCUGGGGACCCCAUGAAUGUAGUGAAGGGUCUCAUCCUGCUGACUGAUCAUUCUGAGGUGAUCCAGCUGCAGUCCGGUUUGAAGGCGAGUGCCGAGUUCCAAGGAGGGUUAGCCAUUGACAUCUCUGGAGGCAUGGAGGUCAGCCUGUGGUACAGGGAGUCCAAGACCAGCGUCAACAACAGGGGAGCAUUAGUGGUCACUGGCAACGUUACAGUGGAUAUGGACUUCAUGAGAGUGGGUGUUGAGGUCAGCUACGAAACAGAGGCAUCGCUAGACUUUAUCACCACAGUCCAGUUUUCAGAAUAUCCCUUCCUGGUGUGCAUGCAGAUGGACAAAACCACCUUCCCCUUCAGUGAAUCCCUCAGCAAGUAUGAAAGCAUCUCAUCAGGGAAGAGCGUUGUAUCACAUAAGAGGAAGAAGCAACUCGUACCGGGCUCUGAAUUCCCUCUUCACCAGGAAAACUCAAACAUGUGCAAGAAGGUUUUUGACUCCAGCUGGUAAAAGACAUACCAUGAACAAUCCAACAUUGUCACUCAACGAGUGUUUUUUCGCAUACAGGGACAGCUAUCACACCUCAGCCUCAUGCAGUGAAAGUACGCAAGAGAAAAAAGUGGUGAAUGUUUUUUUUUAACAACACAUGCAAAGUUUACAUUCCUGUGAAUAUUUAAGUCAUUUAAAUUUUAAGUUUUUUUAAAAACCAGGAAUUCUUGCAUUGUCUUUUUUCAUAAAUAGGAUGUAUGUUUUAUUUGAUAGGUAAUGCACAACAUGAAAAAGUAACCCUGUCAUAACCCCAACAUAGUUACAGUAAAGAUGUACAUGUAAAUAUCACACUGGACACAGUAGAUCUCCCCUAUGAAUAGACACGCUCCUUUCUGUCAACAUUCCUUUGUUUUUUAAUUAAAAAAGUGUUUACCGAGGAGGAGAAGCGUAUUGUUUUAUCACUGUAUCACUGUUCACACACUUGAAAUAACUUAUUAAGCAGAUUAAUAUCGAUUAAUUACAUUUGUAUAAUCAGGUUAGUGAUUUUUAAUUGCACCUACAGAGACAAUGUGUGUGCAUCGUUUUUACUUUGUACUUGCAAGAUUUGAGGUGAAAAUCAAAUCUCUAAAAGAUAAUCCAUCAACACUUGAAUAUCUUUUUUUUAACGUGGCUGUAAUUGCUCUGUGUAUCUGAAAACAUCUGGGUAGCUUUGAAGACUUUUGAGCUGCUCUAAACUUGUAUUUUCAUAUUUAGGGAUCGGUUUGUUAGAUUUAUCAUUGGCUGACAAUAAACGUGCAGUGGAAACAC